AUGGCCCAGGAGCUUGAGGCCAGACUCUGCCAGAAGGGGAACUGGCACCUGGCCCUGGGAGAGCCCUCACUGGCCAUGGCUUUCUACCUGGCGGCCUUCAGCUGCCACACCCCCUCAGCUGUGCACAGCAUGAGGAGCGCCCUGACCAAGGCCCAGGUGGCCAUGCUGGACACCCUGGAGGCCUGGUGCCACGGCAACAGCUGGAUCCCCACUGUGCACUGGGGCAUGGCCGUAGUCUCCCUGAUGGCCACCCUGGCCUCCGCCUUACUCGGCGCCCUCUGCCCAGACCACCUGGCCGCGGUGCUGCAUGGGCUGGCCAGGCUACUGGCCCGCGGGCACCACAAGGAGGUGGCUUUGUGCUAUAGCCAGCUGCUGGACUCCCACUCCCAGUCCAUGCUGGAGCUGCAACUGAGCCGUGCCCUGGCCUGGGUGCUGUCUGGGGCUCGGGCUGCGGAAGCUGUGGCUGACUACCUGGGUGCCUUUGCCACCAGUGCUGACCACACCCUGGCCUUUGUCCACACCCACCAGCGGCCCUACCUCCCCGCGGUGCUCCACGCCCUGCAGAGCCACAUCUCGGAGCUGCGGGGGCUGGGGACAAGGAUGGCUGCAGCGACCAACAACAGGGGCUCGCGGCUGCUGGCACGAGGCCGGGGCCUCUUGGCAGUGGUGGUAGUCUCAGGGUUGAUCUCACACUGGACUCUGGCCGACGUGAAACCCCCGUAUCCUCGCGGCCCCAAGUUCUGGACUGCUGGACGCCAGAGUGAAAGUAACCGCAAGGGGUCCAAAGCCCCAGGGCAGGGCAAGAGGCCUCGGGUGCCACCUCUCAGGGGGUCCCCAACGUCUGUCUGUCCCCUAGGUGAGCGCCUGGCCACCCUGCUGGUCACGCGCGCUGCCGCCGCCUUCUUCCUGGACGGCCUCGCGGAGGACAUGCUGCGGCAUCUGCACGACGCCUUCCGCGAGAGCCCCUCCGCCGCGCGCUGGCAGUUCCAGGCCGUGCUGUCCAUCCGGGACCAGGAGCGCGUCCGGGCCCAGGCCCAGGAGGCCGCGGACCUGGGCUUCGCCUGCUUCCAGGAGGCCGUGCGGAGCCGCCCCGAGCUCCGCGAAGAUGCGGACUGCGAGCUGCUGGCACAGGUGACUUGGGCGCUCUGAAUCCUGCUCCACAUGGCACCAGCCGGGGCCUAGCCUGCGCUGGGCACCCGCCUGGCCGAGUGCCUGCUGCUGGCCGGGGACGUACCGGAUGCCCGGGCUCUGUGCGAGGGCCUUCUGCGGCCCACUGGCCCUGGGGACGCCGCGGAGGACCGCGCUGGGGAGCAUGCACAGCUGCUGGGGGAGCAUGCACCACUGCUGGCGCUGUGCGGCUUUUGUGUGCUGCACCCCAGGGAAGCACAGGGAGCCUGGGAGGACUUCCCCGCGGUGGUGGAGCAGAGAGGGCUGCACCCGCGGGCUGUUGCGGGUCUGGCCGGCAGCGCCUUCCUGGGCACAAUGGAUUAUGUCACCGCGUGCGGGCUUUGGCCAGAGGAAGCACUGUUGGCCUCCAAGGCCUUCGUGCCCUGGAACCAGCGCGGGCUGCUGCUGAUCAUGCUGCAGGAGGAGGGCCGCCAGAUGCUGCAGUGCCUGCCCCCGCCCCCCGCCGGGUUGCCAAAGGAUGCCCGCGGUGUGUACCAGCUGGCCUCAUUGCUAAUGGAGCUGGACGUCGAGGAUGAGGCUGCGCGCCUGCUGGCCACCGAUGCCCUGGGCCGCCUGGGCCACCUGGAUGACACUCACAGGGCCCUGCAGGCGGCGCUGGCGCAGGGACCGCUGGUGGCCGAGGUGCUGGUGCGGCUGGCGCUGCUGCAGCUUCGCAGGGGCUUCACCUUCAAUGCCCACCAGAUGAGGAGCCCAGGACUGCUGAAGCCCUCCUGCAAGACCCCUACACCUAGCACGGGGCCCCCGAGCCCCCCGGGCCCCAAGGAAGCCGUGGCCGACAUCAUCUCUGCCCUGAAGCUGGACCCGGCCGCUGUGGUCCCUGAGCUCCACUCUCUGAGGCGCGACGCCCAGGGCCUCCUCGAGCAAGGCCUGCACGCUCACUGCUGGGCGCUGCAGAGCCGGCCCCCCCAGGAGGACGACGCCCAGGGCCUUCUGGCCGCUGGGGAGGCACUGGUCCAGAUGGACGGCACACAGCCCAGUGGGCACCUGCUGCUGGCCAACGCCCUUAUGGCGCUGGGGAGAGUGCAGGCUGCGGCCCGGGACCUGCAGGGCCUGGCUGAGGCGGAGGCUGUGGACCUGGGCUUCCUGCUGCGGCUGCUGAGGCCUCCGAGGAGUAAAGCCUGCCCAGGUGCACCCGCGGGGUGCGCGUCGCGUGUGCGAUGGGCGCGAGCAGCAUCACCGGCCGGACCCGGGUCUCUGGCCGCCGGCCGCCACGGCCACGGGCCUCUGGGCUCGCUCGCAGGGGGCAUAAGCCUCCCGGGGGUGGAGGGAGACCCCUCGGAGCCCGCCCUGCACCAAGCCCGCCUCGUGCAGGGCGGCGCAACAGCUUCUACCGGGCCUGCGCGUGGCGGGGGCUCCCGCGGCCUCAACCAACAGCGCCGGAUGGUGGGCUGGGUACCGGAGCCCGGAUCCGGGGACACGCGCGGGGGUCUCGGCUCUGAUGUGGGGCCAGGCGGGGCCUCUGGGGCUGGUGACGGGGCUGUGCGGGGUACUGAGCUCACGGAGGUGGGCGCUGGGCGGGGCCUCUCGACUUACGGGACAUGUUGGGGGGGGCCUCUGGGCAUGGAGGCGGGGUCUCAGAAUUCUCAUAAGCACCUGGGCGGGGAUCCCUUGGCUCUAGGGAGAACUGGGCGGGGCCUCUGGGCUCGGAGGGGGCUUCAGCUCGGCCCUGAAAGGAAGGCGCCGGCGGCAUGGCCAGAGCUGCGCACUCCCCGCCGGCCCUGCCGUCCGGAGGGUGCGGUGGGGCUGGGACUGGCGGAAGCGCCUAGGCCUGGUCAGCAGCCUGCUUGUCCCUCGGCCGCUGCCCGGGAAGCCAAUGCCCUCCUGGACAUGGGGCGGCUGCGGCAGGCGCUGGGCUUCAGCUCCCUGGCCGUGCUGGCUGGUGGUGGGGGCACCUGCCACCUGCGCCUGCGUGCCACCUGCCUGGCCCAGCUGCGGGAAUGCGACCUAGCCCUCAGGGACCUGGACCAACUGCUCCAGGAGGGUGCAGGUGAUGGGGACCUCCCGCGGUGGGCGGAGGACCUCUGUUCUGAAGGCCACCUGCUGCAGCUUGGGGACGAGGUGGGGGCCGCGGCGGCCUUCAGCCGGGCCCUCACGCUGGCACCUGCCCCUGCCCAGAGCAGCCUGUGGGGGCAGCCGGGCCGGACCCCCACCAUCCGCUAGUUCCUGCACCAGGGGCAACGCUGCCUGGAGCAGCAGCGCCACGCAGAAGCCUGGACAGCAGCCCAGAGCGGCCUCCUGGUGGACCCCAGCCACCGCGGCCUGAAGCGGCUGAAGGCCAGAGCCCAGAGAGGGGUGGACUCGGGCUGCUGGCUGCACUGACCCAGCCAUGGCGCCCUGUCAUCUUCAGCCUCGGGGUAUCGCCCUCGCGGCACCCCAGAUCAGGAGGAGCCUGGCACCAGGCAUUUCCAACAAUCCUAUCCACAGUGAAAGCCUGGUGACUACUUCAUUCCCGCCCUUGCCUUCCUGCAAACACAGUGGAAUCAGGUGCUUGUUAAUCAUGAGAUGUAAACAUCCAGCUCCCUGAUAAUGGGAAGAGCAGCAGAAGAUGCCCAAGUGUUUGGCCCCUGUCCCUCAGGUGGGAGACCUGGAUGAGCCCCCAGCUUUCCCCUGGCCCAGCCUUCGUGGUUGCAGCCAUCUGAGGAGUGAACACAUGGAUGGAAGAUCUCUGUUUCUCCUUCUUUCUCUGUAACUCCGACUUUCAAAAUAAAUAAAAACUUUUUAAAAAGUGAGUUAUCUGGAAGCUCUUAAUGCUGGGUACAAUUGCCCCAUGCAAUAUGUAGGCUGGACUUGGUGAAGGCAAUGGAUAUUUGGGUGCUUUGCCCAGGUUGUCUUUUCUGGAGAGAGCUGGAGAUACGUAGAACAAGACUUCACAAUAACCCCUUGUACUACUAACCUUCCUGCUGACCACCUCUCUGCUGUUUGUAUUUUUUAUCACAAAAUAAUUGAGGCUACAAUUUAGAAAUGAUAAUACAGGUCAUCUCCUGAGACCAUACAUGGAUUCUUUUUUUUUCUUUUUGAGGAUAUCUAGGGCUUUAUUUUGUAAUGCAGAGGCCAUACAGCAGAUGGAAGAUCUCUCUCUCUCUCCCUUUCAUUGUAAGUGUACCUCUCAAAUAAAUAAAAUCUUGAAUCAGGAGGAGAGGGAAGGGGAGGGGGAAGAGGACGGAGAGAAGGAGAAGGAGAAAAGACUAAAACAUGCCUUCCCUGUCCCGGAGCCGGCAUGGGUUGCCACUUGCACCAUGGGCACCAGUUCGAGUCCCGGCUGCUCCAGUUCCCAUGCAGAUGGCUGGGAAAACAGUGGAAGACAGCCUGAGUGCUGGGGCCCUGCACCCACAUGGGAGACCUGGAAGAAGCUCCUGGCUUUGGCCUGGCCCAGCCCUGUCCGAUGGGGCCACUUGGGGAGUGAACCAGUGGAUGGAAGACCUCUCUCUCUCUCUCUCUCUCUCUGUGUGUGUGUGUGUGUGUGUGCAUGUGUCACUCUGUCUUUCAAACAAAUGACCCAAGACAGCUUCAAAACCAAAUGAGGUCUGAGCUCUGGAUUAACACAGGGACCAGGAUCUGCCCACUCUCCAUGAAAAGUCCUCUUCUGCACAGGGAAUGCUGGGAGCUCUCUUUCCUUACUCAAAGCUCUGCUCAAAUAACACCCAUCCCAGCCUUACACUAGCUGGGCCCCCGUUCAGGGGCAGCCAAGAUGAGCCCGAGUUGUGGGGGCAGGUCAGCUAUGUGUGGGCUGCCUCAGGGCCUUUGCACAAGCCAGUCUCCACCUGACUGCUCUUCCCGCUCAUCUUCCAUCUGGUCGCUACUCAAGUGUCGCCUCCUGCACAGAUCUUCCUCAGACACUUUAUCCACGUCACCGGGAGGUAGGUCCUGUGUCUGACCAUUGUCUCUGCAGUUAUACGGCCUCACCUUACAGUGGCUGUCUCUGCCCACACACCAUGAGCACUGAGGAGCUGGCAGACACGUCUUCCCCAUCCCCCUGAUUUUUUGCUUGGCAAUUUUGCAAGAUGAUUGCAUUUUUCCUGAGAAACCCCAAAGGAAGAUUAGUUCACAUAGUCAGAUAAAGCUGAGUAGAAAUAACACAAGAUAGAGAAAUGCAAGGAGGGUAGGGUUCAGAAGCUUGCAAAGUCUUUGAGAUAUCAAGAUUUAUUUAUUUAUUUGAAAGGCAGAGGUAGAGAGGGAGAGAUCUUCCAUCUGCUGGUUCACUCCUCAAAUGGCUGCAAUGGCCAGGGCUCAGCCAAGCUGAAGCCUGGAGCCUGGAAUGCCAUCUGGGUCUCUCAUGUAGGUGGCAGGGCCAAGGAGUUUGGCCACUCUCUGCUACUUUUUCAGGCACAAGACUCAAACGGGCUCAUGUGGAUUCUGGCAUCAAAGGUGGUGGCUUAACCAGCUCUCUUGGGGUUUGCUUCCUAUUUUUUGAGAGAUUCUCUAAAAUAAGUUAACUUUGAUUUUCAUUUGUCAGAAAUUUCUCAGUAAGUAAAACAAACUGCUGGUAGUCGUCAUGAAAAGUGCAAAGAGUUAGCUAUUUCUUAAAGGAGAAGAGACUUUCACACAGAUAAACCGACAGGUCACUCUGGUUAGUCAACAGUUUGUGUUUGUGCACAGUGCCUUAGGGUCCCCAACCAAUACAACAAUCAGUUGAGCUGGAAAACAGGCUGAACUAAGUGGCAUGCUUUCACAAAGUGACCAGUCAGGAUUUCCCAUACAAGAGUUCUGUGUGGUUCUAAUACAGAAUUCCACCAAUUGCUUUGACACACAUUUGUCACUGGUCUAGUGAUCCUCAAUUCAUUAGCCCUCAGACUUGGCUUGGAUUGGCUUGGAUGCCAAUCUAACCUAUGCCUUCUAGAAUUACUCCCUUUACAAUCAUGAGACAAAAACCUAUCACGUUAAGACUUUGUAUACAUAAAGAACUGCAUCUUAGACUUCUAGUCCCUAGAACCAUGAGCUUAAUAAAUUUCUUCCCUUUAUUUUUUAAGACUUUAUUUCUUUACUUGAAAGAGUUACAAAGAGGCAGAGGCAGAUAGAGAGAGAGAGAGAGAAAGGUCUUCAAUCGCUGGCUCACUCCCUAGAUGGCCACAAUGGUCAGAGCUGUGCUGAACCGAAGCCAGGAGCCAGGAGCUUCUUCCGUGUCUUCCACCUGGGUGCAGGGGCCCAAGGACUUGGGCCAUCUUCUGCUGCUUUCCUAGGCCAUAGUAGAGAGCUGAAUCAGAAGUGGAGCAGCUGAGACUAGAACUGAUGCCCAUAUGAGAAGCCGGCACUACAAGCGGCUGCCUUACCUGCUCUGCCACAGCACUGGCCCCAACUUCUUCCCUUUAUGAUUAUCUAGUCUCAAGUGUUCUGUCUUGGUGACAUAAUAAGGACCAAGACAGUCACAAACUCUGAGAUAGUAAAAUACACUGAGCAUCAAGAGCCCAGUGGAACUAGUCAGAAGUCAAAUUACCAGUCAAAUUACUGACUGCAGAUCCAUUGGGCAACUGGAGUUUAGGGCCCAGUCAAUGCACCUGUGUUCCAAGCAGUCUAUGGUGAGUCAGCGAAUGGUCUCAGUAGAAUCUCCAGAAUGACCACUGUUGAGGAUCUGAGAUAAAAAGACACAGCUGUGGUUAAGCCUUAGCAUUACAAGAGGAAACUCUGCUUGCAGAUACAGUCCCUCAGAGCAUAGCAGAAUGCUGAUCGUCCAUGACUGCUUGGGGCAGCGUGGCGCUCAGGGACUAAAGGAUGUUCAGAGGGGGAGUGAGCUUGCAUCACCAUUAAGUGUGGCUCCACGGGUGAGAGUGCUGCUGGCUGUUGGUGCUCAGAGGUACAGUUCGGUGGUGAGUCUGCCCUGAUGGGCUGACUUUCACAAGUGAGUGCUGACACCAACAAUUUAGUUUGGCAAAUGUGUAUUCAUAGAACUGCAUUGUCCUCGAUCAUUUAGAGAGGUUUAAACAAUGAACACGGAUCUUUAUUGCCACAGCUACAGAACAACCAGACUUUCCUAAGUUUGCCGGAACAUUUUUAUUCUCACCCUUGCAUAGUGGAACCAAUGUGUCAGACUAUUUCUAGCUUGAAUAUCCUGAUUACUCCAUCAGAUUCUUGUGACCCAUCAUGCAUUUUAACAUCACAUUGCUUUAGCCUGAAAAAUCUCCUGAAACCACACUUCCCAAGUAAAGCUGUUUUUUUAAGACUUAUUUUAUUUGUUUGUAAGGCAGAAUUAGAAAGAGAGAGGGAGAGAGAGAUACAGAGCUCUUCCACCCAAUGGUUCACUCCCCAGAUGGCUGCAGUGGCCAGGGCUGGGCCAGGCUGAAGCCAAAGCUAAGAGUCAGGAACUCAUCCAGGUCUCCCACAUGGGUAGCAGGGGCCCAAAUACUUGGGUCAGUGCUGCUGCUUACCUGGGCCCAGUGGCAGAGAAGUAGAGCUGAAGUGUAGCAGUGAGAACUUGAACCAGGGCUCCAGUAUGGGAUGCCAGCAUUGAGAAUUAACCUGCUGUGCCACAGUGCCAGCCCUGCAGAUGUGAGUCUUUGUCCCUUCAUUCAAGUAGCUACUAUUGAUGGAAAUCUAUUGGUUAUCUGAGAUAGUAAUAGGAGAGUGAAGCAGAAUGGUUAGAGAGAAUGUAAGAACAUGCUAGGUUUGGGUUUGAUCAGUAAAUAAUUAUUCAGUAUGUAGACACUUUAAAAGAAUGAGCUCUAAUGCAACUACCUGUCCCCAAAGAACUCAUUUACUGGGGAAAGGUGAGGUUAAAUGGCACAACAGCUGGGAUGCCACUUGGGACACAGACAUCCAAUAUAGGAACGCCUGAUUCGAGUUCUGGAUCCUUUGCUUCCAAUCCAGCUUCCUGAUAAGGUGCAUGCUGGGAGGCAUCAGGUGAUGGCUAUAGAACUCGGGCCCCUGCCACCCAUGUGGGGAACUUGGAUUGAGUUCUAAACUCCUGGCUUCAGCCUGACCCAGCCCUGGCUGUCAUGAGCAUUUGGGGAGUGAACCAGCAGCACUCUGCUUCUUUCUCUAUAUUCAUCUGUCUCUCUCAAAUAAAAUUAAAAUAAACAAAUAUUUUAGAAGAUGUUUAUAUAUGAAUCUGAAAUUUUGAGGUAUGUGUUUUAAAUGUACUUCAGAAAUUAUUAGGAAAAAUCUAGUUUGAUUUGAAUAUUCACUUUUUUGAAAAAAAAAACUCUCUUUUUUUGUGAGUCUACUAAUGAGCUUGUUGAGUACUUGUAGUAAUGAACAUGAUCAAGUGCUUCAUUGCAAUCAUCAAUUAGUUGAGAGCAAAGAGCUAAGCGGUCCAUAAGUCAGAGAGGCACAGAAUGAGCAAAUACAUCUACAUCUGAAGACAUUAGAGACUCAAAACUAACAAUCAAAAUGCUCUUGACAGUUGAAGUCUCUAUCAUCCAGAGGUAGCCCUGUAAAUUAACCACAUUCUUUCUUCUGCCAAGGAACUUGAUAUUGAAUGCAGCAUCAAAAGACGGCCCAGUAAAAUGGUCUGUAUUCACAUUAGGGUAAAAUACAUUUCUGAAAAACACAGAAUUGGAUGACUCAACUACAAAAUAUUUCUGACUCAAAGCAAAUCCCAAGUGUUAUCAGUAUCAUCAUCAGUGUGAGCAGUAGCCCCUCAUGACCAGUGUCCCCGGAAUGAUUCUGGAUCCCCAGUGUCACCAUCCCCGGCAUGAGCAGUGAGACCAGUGUCCCAGUAUGACCCAUGUCACCAUGCCCAGUAUGAGCAGCCUCUCCGGGGUGACCAUCUCUAGCAUCCCAGGUCACCAGUAUGUCCAGCAUCACGAGGAAGGUAAGUCUGCAGAGGGGAGAAGAAUUCAGUCAGAAUUAUUGUUCUAAGUCAUCUUUGGACAAUGGGGAAAACUGCCCUCCCUGGUGUUCUUUUGAGGCUUUAAGGAAACUGGUGGCUGGAUUUGUUUUCUGUUACUGUAACCCAAUAGCAAAGACUGGAUAAUUUAUUAAGAAAAGAAAUCCAUUUCUUGGAGACUAGGAAGCCCAAAGUUGGGGGCUGCAUCUGAUGGGAGCUUUCUGGUUGGAAAGGAACUCUCUGUAGAGUCCUGCAGUUGUGCAGGGCAGCUCAUGUUGAGACAGAGAAAGUGUAUGAGCUUUGGUCUCUCCUGCUUUUCUUAUAAAGGCACUAAUGCAAACCCAGGAACCCCACUCCCAUACCUCAUCUAAUCCUAAUGACCUCCCAAAGACCCUCACCUCAAAUACCAUGUAACAUUGAGGACUAAUUUUCUUUUUUUCUUUUUCUUUUUUAGACAGGCAGAGUUAGACAGUGAGAGAGAGAAAUAGAGAGAAAGGUCUUCCUUCCGUUGGCUCACCCCCCAAAUGGCCACUGUUGCCAGCGCACUGCGUCAAUCCAAAGCCAGGAGCCAGGUGCUUCCUCCUGGUCUCCCAUGGGGUGCAGGGCCCAAGCACUGGGGCCAUCCUCCACUGCCCUCCCGGGCAACAGCAGAGAGCUGGACUGGAAGAGGAGCCACUAG